GUGUCAAACGACUGGAGUACCUCCUGGACGAGGGAACCAUUAUAUUGAAUAAGGCUUUCGUGGGCGUCGACGCACUGGUAGCUAUGAUAGGGGUCACCGAAAAGGGUUACCUCACCGUCCGUAUGACCGCUAAGGGAGAGGUGGGCCACUCGUCGAUGGCACCGGUAGACACAGCCAUCACUACUCUCGCCAAAGCCGUCUCAAAGUUUGAGUCGACAGUUCACCCGAAUAUGUUUGGUUUGGGACCCGAGAAGGACUUAUUUGAAGCCUUCGCCUCAACCGCCCGUUUCCCCUAUAACUGGAUUUACAGUAAUUUAUGGCUCUUUGGACCCGUUUUCUCGAGAAUAUUGAGUGCAAUGCCGGCGUCUAAUGGUUUGGUGCGGACUACCAGUGCGGUCACUAUUAUUGGCGGCGGGUUUAAAGUCAGUGACAAUUAG